GGAAGCUCGAGUUUAAUAAUAAAUAACGCUCCUGUCACCAGUUGCAUCUGACCCCCCCAUUCCCAUUCAACCUCUCAAACUUCAAUUCACACUCCUGUGUUGCUGAUCUCAGCCUCAUUAUUUACGCUUCAAAAAUCCUUCGUGCGCUGUUGACAUAGAGAGUGCGCCCACCAGCUCCAACAAGCAGAACACACCGAAGAUCAACCCUUCCGAAAAUCAACCGUUGAUACUCUGUACAUUUUAAAAGAUGGCGUCAUUCAAGAGCUCUCUCCCGACUCACCUGAAGCCUUCAUCGGCGCUUGGGGGCGGGAGCGAUGGCGGACCAGAUAGCGUCCCUAGACACCAUGGAAAGUCCCAAUCACACGUCGCCUUUGAGAACACAUCCACAUCAAUUGCCGCGAGCCAAAUGCGAAACCACCUCAACAAGCUCUCAGACACCGUUUCCGACGAGCAGGAGAAGAAGCUUUUCGAGACUGAGAUGGACAACUUCUUUGCCCUUUUCCGCAGGUAUUUGAACGAUAAGGCGAAGGGAAGCACUCUCGACUGGGACCGCAUUGCGCCCCCUGCCGAGGGCCAGGUUGUCGACUACAACGACCUUGCCAACUCCGAGUCUGUCUCGUUCUUGAACAAGCUGGCAGUGUUGAAGCUCAAUGGUGGUCUCGGUACCUCCAUGGGAUGUGUUGGCCCCAAGUCGGUCAUCGAGGUCCGCGAUGGAAUGUCGUUCCUCGAUCUCUCCGUUCGCCAGAUCGAAUAUCUCAACCGCACAUACAAGGUCAACGUGCCAUUUGUCCUGAUGAACUCGUUCAACACCGACUCUGACACCGAGAACAUCAUUAAGAAGUACGAGGGCCACAGCAUUGAUAUCAUGACCUUCAACCAGUCGAGGUACCCAAGAGUCCUGAAGGAUUCGCUCCUCCCAGUCCCCAAGUCCUUCGACUCCGCCAUUACCGAUUGGUACCCACCCGGACACGGAGAUGUCUUCGAGUCCCUUUACAACUCUGGCAUCCUCGAUAAGCUGAUUGCUCGCGGUGUCGAGAUUGUCUUCCUCUCCAACGUUGACAACCUGGGAGCUGUUGUAGAUCUCCGCAUCCUCCAGCACAUGGUCGAAACCAAGUCCGAGUACAUCAUGGAGCUGACCGACAAGACCAAGGCUGAUGUCAAGGGUGGAACCAUCAUCGACUACGACGGAUCCGUCCGCCUCCUCGAAAUCGCUCAGGUCCCCAAGGAGCACGUCAACGAAUUCAAGUCCAUCAAGAAGUUCAAGUACUUCAACACCAACAACAUCUGGCUCAACCUCGAGGCCGUCAAGCGCGUCGUCAUGAACAACGAGCUCGAGAUGGAGAUCAUCCCCAACAACAAAUCCAUUCCCGCCGACAAGAAGGGCGAGUCGGACGUCUCCAUCGUCCAGCUCGAGACCGCCGUCGGCGCCGCCAUCCGCCACUUCAAGAACGCCCACGGCGUCAACGUGCCCCGCCGCCGCUUCCUCCCCGUCAAGACCUGCUCCGACCUCCUCCUCGUCAAGUCGGACCUCUACUCCCUCAAGCACGGCCAGCUGCAGAUCGACCCCACCCGCUUCGGCCCCGCCCCGCUGAUCAAGCUCGGCACGGACUUCAAGAAGGUCUCAGACUUCCAGAAGCACAUCCCCAGCAUCCCCAAGAUCCUCGAGCUCGACCAUCUCACCAUCACCGGCGCCGUCAACCUCGGUCGCGGAGUCACCUUCAAGGGGACCGUCAUCAUCGUCGCUACGGAGGGAAGCACCAUUGAUAUUCCCCCGGGAUCCAUCCUCGAGAACGUCGUCGUGCAGGGCUCCCUGAGACUGCUCGAGCAUUAG